AUGGGAGGGUUGUGCAAAGUGGGUGUGGUUCUGGCUAUAAACAUUUUCCGAUUAUAUACUUAUCUGCGGUUUCUCUUCAAAGAUAUACUUUCGUUUGACUCAUCUUCAUUUUAUAUCGACACACACAAUUCACUUAUGGCUAUGUCUGCUCCAACAAUUGACAUCUCACAAUACGAAGUCUCAAUAGUCAAACAAGCUUGGCUUGCAUUGAACUUGUUUCAAAAUUAUCAUAAACUAAACAGCAGUAGUAAGAACGGUGGUCCUAAAUUAAUCAAUAACGAGUUCCAACUACAUGAAUUUCAACAAGGUUUAGCAACAAAGAUUUAUGAAAAAUUAACCACAAAGGACCUGGAUUCUUCGAGUUUCAUUUCGGGGACAAAUGUUUUCGACAAUGAUUUAUUUGGCAGUAACCAACCGACAUCACUAACCGAUUCCGAAAUUGAUGAAAUUGUCAAUGAUUAUCAAAUUGAACCAUUACUUCAAUUCAUCACCAUCAUGAUCAAUUAUCUCGAGUUCAAUAUGAUCCAACCUGGCGAAUCAAUGAUUAAUCUUUCCAAGAAAAACGUUCGAUUAUAUGGAAUGUCAUCAACAAACUAUCAACUUUUUGGGGAAUGUUUAAUUCAAGCCAUGGUUGACAAAUUAUCAAUUACUGAUGCAAGUAAAUUCCAGGGUGAAGAACAAUUUAUUUUUAAUAAAUUCUUGUCUCAAGUAUUGAGCUUUUUGGUGUGCUAUAGUAAGGAAUCAACGGUUACACUACCAAACGACGCCUCCUCAUCAACAACAAGAAACAAUGAGAAACCACCGGUACCAGAGAAAGAUGCUGUAAAUUACCCGGUUCCAACCAUAUCCGAUACCUUAAAUGUCGUAACACCAUAUUCUCAAUUGACCCAACCUGUUAAACCAUUAACUAGGUCGUCAUCGACUUCAUUACCUUCAGAAAAAUCAUCACAAAUAUCGCUUAAUCAUCAUCGCAAUAAUGAUGAAUCAUUUGAUCAUGUACUGCAAAACGAAAAUGAAAACGAUGAUAUCAAUUGGAAACAUAAUUCACCAUCAUGGGAAUUGGGGAAGAACGAUAUGAAAGAAGAGGUGAUAGAGGAUGGUGAACUUGUGCUUGCACGCUCUUCAUCUAAUGAAUCUAUAACUGAACCGUUUGAUUAUUUGAAUUCAUUUAGAUGUUAUAAAACACCAAUUGAACAAAGCAGCUAUGCUAAGCUCAAAAGAUCAUUUUCAGGAGUUUCUACUCGUGAUUCAUCAUCAUCAUCACUGGGGAAGAAAUGGAGUAUUUUCAAUAAAAGGGGAACUGAUCAGUUACAAAAAAACAAUACUCAUGAUCAGACUAUUGAGAAACAAAAUUCAAGAAAUAGACUUUAUCGAAUAAUCAGUCGUAGAUGA